AGGUGUAGGACUCUGUGGUCGUGUAGCGAAAUUGAUUUGUGCACAAAAUAGACUAUGAAGCGUCAUAGGGUCCUACUUCAUAGGGUCCUGAUGUAGAGGCGGUCUUCAUGCAAAAAGGUCUUCAUGCAAGAAGGAGAGAAGCACCAUGAUGUCUGCUAUCUCCAAGAGGCGUGAUUUUCUUCCCUUGGACGAGUUUAAGCGCAUAGUGCGGCAACUGGGUUUCACGCGAGCAAAUGAGCUGAAAGCUUGGUGUCGUUCUCCGACACGUCCGCCUUCAGUGCCGAGGUGUCCGCAUAAGGUCUACAGGAGGCAGGGCUGGGUGACUCACCUGGAAGCGCUCGGGAGACCGCGUGCAGAGCACCAGGCACUGACACCUGGCGCCCUGAAGGAGACCCUGACGGGAUCUGGUCUAACGUGUCGCAAGUAUUUCAAGUUUGAACAAGCGGAUGUGGCCAUUGCGUGGGUGGAGAACUUAUUGGAGGAAGAAGGAUACGAGAGUAAGCGGCUUCCGCGCUUGGCACAGGGAAGCUUAAUCGUGCGACGACGAGUGAAUGCAGGACCCGCCAAGCAAGUGCAUCACCAGGGGCUUGGGUUGCUGUCGUGCGGAGAGGGAGAGCAAGACCAAGAGUGGCGCGUUUUGCAAGUUCGGUGUGCCUACGACAAGCGCCCCAACGCUGGAACCACCGUCGUGUUGUCGCGGACUCGAGUAUGCCCAGAUGUCGGAGUCCUCGUUGUGAACCCGAUGCACGAGAAGGCGCUGGCAUUGCACGUGGACUCCUAUCACGUCCGGAAAUGCUUACGGGGUCGCUCCUAUUUCUGGCUUUCCGGAUUGCCGUCAAUCCGCGGAUCCGAAGGCCGCGCUAAUUUUUUGGCGGAUGUGGAGAAACUGCUGGCGCGACUUAAGCCUCAGUCGUACGCGGCGUGGCUGAUGGAUCGACCCGCAGCAGCAGCUUCAGUGCGGCGCUCCAAGCUGCAGCUGCAGCUGAUGGAACAGAUCAUCAAUCCUUCCGGUUUGCAGCAUGAACUGCCAACGCGCUUGCUAGACGCUCAUGAUUUUACGCUCGCCGGUCGCGCAUGCUUAGCGCAUACUUGUACGCUCGCGCCGGAGAGUGCGCGGGGGCUCACGAUAAGUCUGAGACGCGUACGUACGGUUCACGGCCGUCCCCUCGUCAUUCCAAUGGGGAAUGCAGAUGACCUUGAUUUUGUCUUCGCAUUGCUUGGUGACAAGACAGCGAAGCUUGUCGGACUCUUCAUUUUUCCACGCCGGUAUCUCAUCAAAUGGGGCGUUUUUGCUGAGAACUUUGUUGGGGGUAAAACAUGCAUGACGCUUUACCCGCCGGGCGCGAGGAUUAGAUAUGCGUCAAAGCGUGUACAGGCAGCGGAGCAGCAGAAGUUCUACAUAGAUCUGACAGCGGAAAAAACUCAGCGGUCGGGCGUCGGGAAAAACGACGCAGAUGUCUCAUCUGUACAGUCAUCAGUGGUUGAAAGAUUUAGUCGCCUUUUCCUAGAAAAUUAAGGAUUGGAUAUUAGAGUGCUUCUGUUCACUGUGGCACUGUCCGAGUGCUUUUCGUUUGUCAAUUUUGUGAAUGCUAUUUUGAAAAAAGAAAGAGACGCAUCUGCUUUGAAGUGAUAUUCGGAAUUCUUUUCGGUUUCGUUUUUUGUCGCUUCUUUUUUUUGAUAAACCAAAUGAUCUGUUGUAGGAGCCCCCUGACAC